UAUUUUUGAUUCCUUAUUGUUUUUCUUGGUGAUGAGACAUGUGCUCUGGUGGAAUAGAGUGUCAGUGCAAAUAGCGUAAAGAUUAAUGAACCAUCAAUUAGAAAACUCACCAGAAUAUACAAGCAAGCCUUGUAUGAAAAUAUCAUCACAUUAUUAGAAGAUAAAUCUUUCAAAGAAAACGUUGUAAGAAUUAAAGCUGAGUUGACCUGGAAAAAGUCAAAGAAAUAGGGAUGAUGUUGAGUUUGAAGAAAACCAGUCCACCAUUUCUCUUAUCAAUGACUGUGAUGUUUCUAAGGACUGAAACGGUGCUCGCUGACUCACCUCCAUGUACGAAAUUAAAGGAACAUAUUUGUUAGAAAGCGUGUUUUGGACCAUGAUAUGGCCGAAGACGAAAAGGAUCGAUAAGAGGCAUUUUCAUUUGUUCACAUCAAAGUUGGAAAAUGCAAAACUUCUUUGUUACUGAAUUUUAUAAUCGUUAGUUUUUACGUAAUUAUUACUUUGCAGUAACGAGUUUAUUUUCAAGACUAUAGACAAAAAAAUGGAUUCAUCAAUGUAUGUAACUUGCUGUUAUGUAGUCAAAUGUUGCCAUGUAGGAGUAUUAGCAUCAGUCAGUUAGAAUCCUAAUCUUCUCAACUGCUAUGUGAAAGAAAGAGGCAGAAAACAGAAAGUGAAUUUGAACCGAAUUAAACUAGCAUAGAUUAUUGUCGAUUUCGAUCGUAUUAUGUCCGUUUGCUUUGUGUGUUGAUCUAAAAUAUGUUUCUAUACUUGAAUAAAAUCCGUUUUCAUUGUGUUAAAGUUAAAAAUUUUCUGAACGAUAUGAAAGAUCAACUCGCAAGAUCUAUCUAUACUGGAUUGCAUCAAAAUUGUUGCAACAAUUCUCAUUCUAGUUUUCUAAGUUUUGUUGGUCAAAACGUUUUUCCAUAUAUGUUGGAUGUAAUUAAAAUUUUCAUGAAAAGCAGAAAGCAGUCCUUAUUUUUCGUAGCUUGAAAAUCUAGGAUUUUUUACAUUCUGUAGAAUAGCUAUGGUGAAAACCCAAUUGAAGUAUUUUUUGACAUAAAGAAGCGUCGCUGGAAUUGCCAAUCAGCAAUUAUUGCUGGCAGCAAGCAAACUAGACAUAAGAACUGCGUUGGAAACUACUCGUUGAAGCAGAGCAUUUUAUAUAUUAAAUGUUCUUGUUUUAUCCAUCAAACAAAUAUUUUCUGGAAGAUGAAACUAGCAAGAACUUGUUAGUUUCAUGAGUGAAAAGUGAGACAAGUGAAUGGCAGAACUUGUUAGAUUAGAAUGAGUAUAGUUAGAUUGCUUAUCCUAUCAUAAACAGAAGAAACCGGUGUUUUACUUUUUUGAGAGUUAACUCGAUAGCUUUAUUUUAUUUUACUUUAUAUUUGUAUAAGCUUUUUCAUAUCAAAAUAAUCUUUAAUCCUUAAACUUCACUGAAUGAGCUUCUAUCUUUUCAGUAAAGCAGCAUUUAACUGUUGGAGCAUCCGGAAAUUCAACAAAAACUUGAGGCACACGAAAGUAAGGUGCACCGCUAGUAUCUCAAUUUAUGCACUUGCUGACCACGGUAGAUACAUGUCCUUUAACCCAUUAAAGCAUUUCUGCUUGAAAAAUGUGUUGACUUUGAUCGUCUUGAGAAGACGAUUAAGGACCGAUAAUCGGUAGGAUACCGACAACGAUAAACCGAUAAAUUAUCCUUACCGUUGCAUGCCCAAUCAUGUAGAGCUAUCGAGGGUUAGUCUAAAGCUGUCAAGUUUUUGUAUUGAUUCCAAUCAAGUUAUUUACAUAGUUCAAGAAUUUUAAGCUAAAUUAUCAUAGAGUCAUCCACCAACCGGUCUUAACUAGAAAAGUCUCUCUUAUCCAAACACUUAUCCAAGUACAUCACGGACGGUUUGUAUAUUAUCAUAUACUCUAAUGUAUGGUCUUAUAUCCACUUCACUCUAUAGCCUUGCAAACUUCAUAUUCGGUAGUUCUUGCUGAGAAAUUUCAAAGUUUUUCGCAAUUAAUAUGGCCGGAAGAUUUAGAUCCAAUAGUAUGAAUGUUUUCUUUUUUGUUUUUGAUCUAGGAUCUCGAAUAUUAUUACGAAGAAUAGUAGAAAAACUAAAAGUUCAUUUGAAACAAUUGAAUUUAUUUCCAAGCCACCAUCUAGAUCAAUCAUCAGAAGCGAAGAAUACUCAUCUUUUAAUCAUCAAGUGUCAACGCCAAAUAACACGUUUGUUUUUAUUAGUAGCACUAAUAACAUUAUUUAUUAUUAUUUUGUAUACAUUAUUAUUAAAAGAAAGACAUAUUCAUAUAGUUCAGAAUCCAACAUUAUUAACAUAUCAAGAAUUAUAUAACAAAUAUUCUAUGUCUCUCGAAUGCCCGUGUUCACAUUUAUUAAUAAAAUAUGAUCGAUUUAUUCAAAUUCAAGCAACAUUUCAUCAAAUAUGUACAAGCAUGUUUAUUAAUCCCGUCUGGUUUCAACACUUUUAUCGCCCAUAUCAAGCACUUUUUUUAACUGAUUUUCGUAUUUAUGGUGUACCAUCAUUUUUUGCUUUAUUAACAUUUUGUCAAUUAGCCAAUGAAACCGUACGAGAUUCAGUUGUUCAGUUUUAUACAACUGCUUAUAUUAGUCCAAGUGUUCAACCAUUAUCAGAAUUUCAUAAAAAGGUGAAAUUAUUCGUAACCAAUUUUGAAUCACAAGUACCAAGUACUUUUAAACGUACAUUACAAUUAAUUCGUCAAACAACAUAUGCAAAUCAACUUCAAACAACAAGUGAUACAAAAUAUUCUUUUAAAAAUAGAAGUAAUAAUAGAAUCGGUGUACGAUCUAUCAUUAGUCAAUAUUCUUCUUCAAAUUGUUCUUGUGUGAAUAAUGCAAUGAAAUGUUUUGAUGAAACUGGUAUUCGUGAUGAAGAUGAACUUUUAUUAUUUACUGUACCAAAUUUUUAUCGUGGCUGUUAUGUAACGGAAGGUUUAUAUGUAUCAACACUUGAUUGUUUUUAUUCUAAGACAUGUUUAGAAAAACUUCAAUCCUAUAUGCCAGUUUCAACAAAUUUUACAUCAUUAAAUUCAUCAAUAAGUCGUUAUUUAUCUAAUACAACACUUGGCACUAUAAUAGAUACUUUAAUGAUUGAAACUUGGCAUGACAAUAUUUCAUAUCAAUCUUAUUAUAAUUCUUGUCAACCACAAUAUUGUCGUUAUACAUUUAUUAGAAGAAAAGAUUAUAUUUUUUUAUCAAAAACAUUAAUGAGUGUUUUUGGUGGAUUAUUUAAAUGGUUUAAAAUUUCAACAUCAUUACUUAUCUUUAUUUUAUUAAAAAUACAACAACGAUUUUGGACAAAAAAAUUAUCAAUACAAAAAUUUUUAAGAUUCAUAUAUAAAAAAUUAAUUCAACUUAAUUUAUUUCAAAAAGAUAAACAAAUGUCAUCCGAAGAAGAUAUUCGAUUUGAAAGACGAAUAACAUGGUUUUAUAUAAUUUCAGUUGCAUUAACAUUGUGUAUAUUAACAAUCUAUAAUAUUAGUUUACCACACACAAAAACAAUAAAAUUUGAUUGGCCAGAUUUAAUAACUUAUAAUAAAUUGAAUAAAAAAUAUAGAUUAGAAAAUUUUCAAUGUUAUUGUUCUCGUGUUUUUAUUAAAUAUAGAUUAUUUAUUCAUUUGCAACCUGUUUAUCAUCCAAUUUGUUCAAGUGUCUAUAUUCAACAAUCAUGGAUCAAUUAUUUAUCGAACAAUGGACAAAUAAAUGAAAUAUUAUAUUUUAAUAAUAAAGAUUUUCGAUUAACUGCUUCAUCACAAUUUCAAAUGCUUUCAAUUCUAUGUCAAUCCAUAAAUAAAACUGUACAUGAUUCGAUUGAACAAUUUUAUUCGAAUGGGUAUGUAAACUCUAAAGUUUUGUCUAAGAAGUUGUUUUAUUCUCAAACAUCGUCGAAUAUUAAACAAUUUAAAAUUCAUACGAGAAAUAUAUAUACUGAAGUAUUUGGUUUAAUUCGAAAUCUAACACAUAUAAAUCAGAUUCCAACAACAUAUUCAACAAAUUUUAAAUGGUUUAUUAAAGAUAAUGAUUAUAAAACAAAUCCCGUGCUUAAGAUUGCUCCUGUGCAAUACAACAACAAUUCGUGUAGUUGUUCAAGAACAUCAAAAUGUGUUGAACCGGCCAAAUUUUAUAACAAGACGACAACAGUAAUUCCUGGUUUUCAUAUUGGUUGUCUUCCAGUUGAAUCAAUCAUGCAGUCUUCACUUAAAUGUCUUUAUAGUGAAAUUUGCAUUAAUAAAAUAAAAUCCCAUGUAAAACAAUCAACCAUAGACCCCAAAAUAACAGUUGCUCUUCAUCAUUCGUCGUCAAGUCGUUUUCCACCUGACAUGAUUGUUGAAGAAAUUAUAAAGAAAUUAAUGAUUGAAAAUUGGAGUAAAAACAUAUCGUUUAACGCUUAUUAUCAAGAAUGUUUACCGAAAUAUUGCAUUUAUACGUGUGGCAACCUUGAAACUGAACAGCAAUAUCCACGCUGA